AUGGUUGACGUCGACCAACCAGCACGGCGUGCCCGUGAUGUGCGGUCACACAGCGGCGCCGGCCCUGUGGCGCUGGCGCUCGCCCAGCAGCAGCAGCAGCAGCAGCAGCAGCAGCAGCACAACCAACAGCAGGAGCAGCAGCAGCAGCAGCAGCAGCAACAGCAGCAACAGCAGCAACAGAGGCCUCAGCAAGAGCAGCAGGCAAAUGAGGAGUCGGUGCCCGGCAGACUUUUCUCCGUGGACGCAGACGGCUUCCUCACAGCUACGACAGCGGCGGCCGCGCUGCUGCUGCCACCGGACGGGGACCUGGCUGAGCUCGAGGACCUGAUGCGACCCAUGAGCUAUAAGGAGCUGCGCGCGGCAGUGGAAGAGUUUGACCACCCGUUGGCCCGGCUGGCGCUGCUGCAUGCCGAAGUGCCGGUCAAGUGA